AUGAAAGUGGUCCAAUUGGUCAAAGACAACUCAGAGAACCAAACAAUAAAUGUUACACCUUUUAUUGAUUUGGUCCAGGGUCAGCUUGCGGUUUCCACACGGGAGAGAUUUGAUGAGAUAGGGAAGAAGAUCAAGAGGGAAGGAGAUGUUUCCUCUCAAAUGGGAAGAAGACAUAUGUUAGGCCCUCCUGGAACCCUAAAUACCAUCACCCCUUGUGCAGCAUGUAAGUUGUUGAGAAGAAGAUGUGCCCAAGAAUGUCCCUUUUCUCCUUAUUUCUCUCCCCAUGAGCCCCAAAAAUUUGCUUCUGUCCACAAAGUUUUUGGUGCCAGCAACGUCUCAAAGAUGCUCAUGGAAGUACCAGAGUGUCAGAGAGCUGAUGCAGCAAAUAGUCUAGUUUAUGAGGCUAAUGUGAGGCUAAGAGACCCUGUGUAUGGAUGCAUGGGUGCAAUUUCUGCUUUACAACAGCAAGUUCAAUCUUUACAAGCUGAACUUAAUGUAGUGAGGGCUGAAAUACUUAAAUACAAACUCAGGGAAGCUCACAUGAUACACUCCUCUCAUGUUGCAAUGCUUCCUUCAUCUGGGGCUGUUUCAAUUGCUGCUCCACCUCCACCACCUCCUCCUCCACCACCACCUCCACCUCCUUCUCUUCCUCAAACUUCUUCCUCUUCUUCCAUGUACAUCCAACAGAGGGAUCCCACCACUUACACAAUUUCAAGUGAUAAUAUCUCCUAUUUUGGUUAA